AGUCAGGAGGGAAGGAGCGCAGGAGAAACAGGGAAGAAUUAUCUCACUGUUAACGGAAUUUAUCUGCUCAUGAAACGAAGAGUUCAUACACGCCGUUUAAUACCGAGAAAUAUAGAACAGAGCUUGGGGAAAUAAAAGGUUCUCAUAGAUCAAAUCUCCUCCAGACUGGCACCCAUGACUCGUCUAGUGUGUUUAUGAUGACUGUGUUUCUGCUUCAAAUGAGCGAGAUCUUAUGAGCUUAUGCAACCAGGAUCACAUCACUGAGCAAUAUGCAGGCCAUUAAGAACGAGCCUCCUUACAACAGAGACGAUGCCCUGGUUUUAGCCGUGGCUCUGCAGGGUGCAGACAGGGACUUGACCGGUCAGAACCUCCCCAACAUGUCCUUCAAGGCCAAAGCAAACACGUGCCGCAGAAAGCGAGAGUUUAUUCCAGACGAAAAGAAGGACAAUCUUUACUGGGAGCGGAGGCGCAAGAACAAUGAGGCGGCCAAGCGCUCUCGGGAGAAGCGCCGCAUCAACGACAUGGUCCUGGAGAACAAGCUGAUGGCGCUGGGCGAAGAGAACGCCUCGCUUAAAACCGAGCUCUUGUCCCUGAAGUUAAAGUUUGGAUUGUUAAGCUCAGCUGCCUAUGCUCAGGAGGUGCAAAAGAUCUCCACUGCUACUAACUCCCUGUUUGAGGAAUUGAUGUCGCCUGACGGUGACAAAAGCCCCUACCCCAAAGAGGUGGAUUCAUCAUGUCUGAGCAGCAGCUGCAUAUCUGUUAUCAAGCACUCACCUCACAGCACCUCAUCAGAUGGAUCAGACUCAAGCAGGACUCCCGAGAUCUUCAAGCAAGAGGCCAAUGAGAGUGCCAGCUUCGCCAGAGAAAGAUCCAGUCCAUAUGAACUUUACAGAAAUUACCUGAACAGCCAUCCUCACUACAGUUAUUCCCAGCCAUCCCCUUUCCUACAACUCACCAGAUCAUCAAGCAACUCCCCCCGUACCUCAGAUGGAGACGAUGGUAUUGUGAGCAAGUCUUCGGAUGGGGAAGAUGAACAGCAAGUCCCUAGAGGUCUGGCAUCCUCCAGUGCAGACCAAAAGAGCGUGAUUGUGUCUGCUGUCAAAGUGCCAGAUGCCAGCGCUUCAGCUCUGCCCCACAAGCUGCGAAUCAAGUCCCGAGCCCGCCAGAUCAAAGUGGAGUCUAUCGAUCCUGAUUACGACACCUCAGUGAAGUUGUCUUCCCCAAUCGACAUGUCUGCGAGAGGAUGCUACCAGAUAGGUCAUGGGACUACACCAGAAUACACCCAGUCAGGUCUUAGCCCAUUGUCCCCGCAGGCGAACAGAAUCCAGGACUGGAGCCAACAGUCUGAGUACUGGCUCAAAAACCAACCAGAGGUUCUACCAGUUGCCUACAAGAACAGACUCUGCCCUGACUCGCCCGGGCCUGUGACUAACAAACUGGUUGACCUUAGAGAUGGCUGCUAUACCAUCUCGGAAUCCGAGAACUUGUACUUGAAAAAAGGCAUUUCUGACCUGUCGGCAGAAGUGGUCUCACUAAAAAAACUCUUUGCAACACGUCAGGGGUCCGUUAUUGAGUCCACCAAAAGCACUACUAAACAUGACUUGUUUUUGAAAGGAUGUUAUUCAAACUGAGGCUUGUUGGGCUACUACAUGCAAGUUUUCAUGCUGUUGUCUUUAAGAUUUGUACAUUAAUGUAUGUUUUUUUAUUAUUAUUUUUGUUUGUUUACAACAAAUGUACGUAAGCACUGAAGCACCAUUUUGUCUCGUUCACCUUUCCAGGGUGUUUAAAAUUGUAAUGUGAUAUGAAUUGUCUAAAGAUUUUGAAUGAACUGCAGCUCUAGACUGACAGUGCCUCCUUUAAACUUUGUUUACUGUGUAAUUUCUAUGGAGGUUAACACUUUGUACCCUGGGUUCCCUUUGCGGAACAGUAGGUAGCAUUUUUUUCAUGUUCAUAAACUCUUAAUAAAAUAAAUAUUGCUUAAGGAA